UCUGUUCUCUUUCUCUCUCGCGUGCUCCUCCGCUCAUACACGGAAGAAAAUGGGAACUGUGCCUCGGCCUUCCUGGUUCCCCAUACCGAGAGAAGAACCCACUCCCACUCACCUCAUAACCACGGCAGCUGCUCUAAGACUGGGCAAGGAGCUCCAUCUUCGAACCCAUAUCCACUUACGAUCAGGCUUCUCCUCUCUCCUUCGCUCCUCCUUCAAGGGGCUCUCAAAUUUUGAUAAUUUGCUUCAAUUCAAGGAUGUAUGGCAUGAAAGAGCAUUUCUAUUCAAAGGAACGGAUUUUCUCCAAUCAUCAAAGGAUGCGUUCUCAGCAACAUGUACAUCUUGCUUAUGUUUCUUUGGUGGGAAAAACUCUAAUACAGAUUUUGGAGGCAAGGGAAAAUCAUAUUUGGAGUCAUCUAGUAGAAAUUCCUUAAAUGGAAGAAAAUGGACAAACAUCAUCCUUGCAAUUAACGUCUUAGUUUAUGUUGCUCAAAUUGCUACCCACGGGAAGCUGAUAAUUUGGGGAGCUAAGAUUAAUAGCCUCAUUGAUAGAGGACAGUUAUGGCGAUUGGCAACCUCUUCCUUUCUACAUGCUAACAUUGGUCAUCUCAUGGUAAACUGUUAUUCUUUGAACUCUGUUGGUCCUAUCAUGGAGAAUGUCACUGGCCCUAGAAGAUUCCUCGCAAUUUAUUUCACUUCUGCAAUUGCAAGUUCAGCGAUGAGUUACUGGUUCUGCAAAGCACCUGCAGUUGGUGCAUCGGGGGCAAUUUUUGGAUUAGUUGGGUCCUUUGCUGUGUUUGUCCUUAGGCAUAGAAGUCUUUUCAGAGGAGGGAAAGAAGAUUUACAACAUAUAGCUCGAGUAAUUGCACUAAACAUGGUUAUAGGACUGUUGUCUAAAGGCAUUGAUAACUGGGGGCAUUUGGGGGGUUUGCUUGGUGGAGCUGCCAUGUCAUGGCUUCUCGGUCCUGCAUGGAGAUAUGAAUGCCGCUCCAAUGAUGGGAGAUCAGUUUUUGCAGACAGAGCACCCAUAUUUUAUCUGAUUAACAGGAAAUGAACAGCUGACCAGUUGAAGGAAUUGUAAGUUUUCUGACGUUGCUGCCUUCUUCACUCCAAGGACCUCCUCAAGGCCCAGUUUGCAUUGUGAGAAUCAACCCUUGGAUGUGAGUUAUCCCUCAGACUAGUGGCCCAUCUCUACCAUAUUGUACACACUGUAUCUGAUAUCUGACCCUUCAUAUUGUUUCUUCAAUGAUCCAAGUUCUGCAACAUGGUUGGUUUUUCAAACAAUUUUCAAUAACACUUGGCAAAAUUGGAUUGAAUGAAAACUAACCUAUGGGUAGGAUGGAAUGUAUGUGCUAACCAAUUGCCAAGUGGCAGAUCUUUCUAAAUCUUUGUAAAGGAAUCUACGUGUUUAUAAAGUUGGCAAAGUCAUGAUUUGUUGCCCAA